UCCACCCUCAUCAUCCUCUGCCGUCUGCUGCCGUCAAGUCAAGUGAAGCAGAAAAUGCUCCCGACGGGCGCAGGGUGAAGGUCAGCCCGGUAAGAUCGAGUGGAAUGAUCGCUCACCUGUGGACAUGUAUCAAGGUGUAACGAUGAGCACAAACCACGGACCCGCGUCUUACGAGCCCGGUUUCCUCCACAACGCCGCCUCCGCUUCGCCGGUGUACGUGACACCCACCCGGGUCACCCCGAUGAUCCCGGCGCUGCCUUACCUCCAGACGCCGCAGCAGAGCAGCCCGGCGUCCGGACACUCGGGGUGGGCGCAGGCGGGCGCGGAUACGGUCGCUUCUUACAGCUCCACCGGCGGGCACCAUCAUUCCCCGGUCUCCAGGUUCGCGUUCUCCACGAGCCCUCCGUUAACCUCCGGGGUCGCGACUGCCCGGGAGACGGCGAGUUACACGAGCCCGCUAAACAUCUCCGCUGGCGGGCGGGAUCACUACGGGUCGCGCGGUCUGAGCGGAUCCUAUCACAGCGGGUACCCGGCCUACGUGAGCCCGAACAUCGGAGGCUCGUGGACGGCGUCGCACUUCGACAGCUCCGUGCUGCACAGCCUCCAGAGCGGAGGAGCGGCCGCUGCAGCGCGACACCCGAAUUUAGAGUUGCUGGAUGAUUUCGCUGAGGGUCGUGAGUGUGUGAACUGCGGGGCGAUGUCUACUCCUCUGUGGCGGCGGGACGGGACGGGUCAUUACCUGUGUAACGCUUGCGGUCUCUAUCACAAGAUGAACGGGAUCAACCGGCCGCUCAUCAAACCCCAGAGACGACUGUCUGCGUCCAGACGGGUUGGUUUAUCCUGCACUAACUGUCAGACGACCACAACUACUCUCUGGAGACGCAAUGCAGAAGGAGAGCCGGUCUGCAACGCCUGCGGACUCUACAUGAAACUCCACGGGGUUCCUCGUCCUCUCGCCAUGAAGAAAGAGGGAAUUCAGACCCGCAAACGCAAACCAAAAAAUAUCAACAAAUCCAAACCUGGGUCAUCUGAGGGUCAGAUGCCAUCCAGCGCUGUCAACUCCAGUCCCACAGAAGAACCACGACCCAUAAAGACGGAGCCGGACACGGCGUCACUCUACGCACACCAUAAUAUGAACACACCGGUCUCUGCGUUUCCGUCUUAUAUGGGAACUCCAAGUUCUAGUUCUGCUCUUAAACUUUCUCCAAGUGGAUCUUCCAGCUCCAAAACCGAAGUGUGGAACAGCCUGAUUCUGGCAUAAGAAACCAAGAUACUCCUGCCAAAAAGCGUCACUCCCUAAAGCUCAGAGUCGGCCUGUAGAACCUCGUUUGGGACCAGAACAACUGGUCUGUUGGGGGUCAGAACCAGCGAGCUUCAAUGAAGAUAUGAAGAUGCCAAUCUCUGAUGUGUAGACAAUCACUGAAAGAUACAGUGUGAACCAAACACUGAGCUUGAUUCACAUCAACAGAGCAGUUGUAGCAGAAAACCCUGGACUUGAUUGUAAACAUGCUGACAAUCAAAGGAACCAAAGACCUUUCAGUCCCAGCAGAUCAGGAGAACUUUAAAAAACCUAAAUGGACUCAUAGUACUUUACUCAACUUUAAAAACAUUUGAGUAGCAUUUAUUAAAGCAAUAGUUCUCCCCAAAAUUACAUUUUGCUCCAUCCAAGAUAUAGAUGCGUUUGUUUCUUCAUCAGAUUUGGUGAAAUGUAGCAUUGCAUCACUUGCUCACCAAUGGAUGUGAAUGGGUGCCGUCAGAGUGAGAGUCCAAACAGCUGAUAAAAACAUCACAAUAAUCCACAAGUAAUUCACACCACUCCAGUCCAUCAAUUAACAUCUUGAGAAGACAAAAGCUUCUCAAGCAUCUCUAAGAGUCCAUAAUCCAUAAUAAUGCUUCCUCCAGUGAAAAGUCCAUCUUCUGUUGUCUCUCACAUCAAAAUCCAGCCACAUAUUUGUUUAGAGCUGUUUUGGCUUGUAAACGCUAAUAAUUUAAUUUGUAGGAUUUACUUACUGCUACUGCUCUGUACAAUCUACUUACUACUGAAUUUAACAUUCAUAGGAAAAAUUAAGUAAAUAUUACAUAAUGAUAUAUAAUUUCACUUAUAGAAUUAAGUAAAAUCUACUUACCCAAGUUAAGUAAUUUAACAACGAAAAUACGUAACUUAAGGCUUAAGUACCUCAAAGCUUACUUGGCAACACAUUGAUUUUACUUAAUUUAGCACCUAAUUAAACCAUGCUUUUAAAGUGUAUGUUACUUAGAAACAUCUAAGUAAAUUAUACAACUGAUAUCAUGUAGACACCAUAUAUACAUAAUCAAUAAAGCGGUGCUUAUCCGAACAUAGAGACUUCAAUACUUGGUACACAAUAUAUGAUGAUGGUAACAUUCUGUGGUUACAUUUUGAGCAUUAAUGUGUCAUUUUGAGUAGAAAAUUAGCUCCAGUUGCAACAAAAUCUAAAUCUAUCAACAAAACAAUGAUAAAACAGGGGGGAAAAUCAACCUUAUUAAUUAUUCAUGCCCAGUGCAUGAUGGGAACACCAGUAUCAAAAAAGUUGAGUAGGUUUUACUUAAUUUUAUAACAUUUAUAUUUAUGCUUUAAUUUCUACAAGCUUGAAUUUAGUACCAGUAUAGAAUUUAUUUUGUUUUUUAAACUUUUUCAUGUAGAAAUGACAUUUUUCUGUAGUAUUUACUACACCACAGAAUCAUUUUUAUCAGUGCAGAUUUCUCUCCUGAUUCAGACCAGAUGACUUUGGAGUUUAAAAUGUUUUGAUAAUGGAUUUGUUUCUUACAAACACACAGCUUUUGUCUUUUCAAGAUGUUAACUGAUGGACUGGAGUGGUGUGGAUUACUUGUGAAUUAUUGUGAUGUUUUUAUCAGCUGUUUGGACUCUCAUUCUGACGGCACCCAUUCACAUCCAUUGGUGAGCAAGUGACGGAAUGCUAUAUUUCUCCAAAUCUGAUGAAGAAACAAACUCAUCUACAUCUUGGAUGGCCUUACAGGAAGUUAACUUUCAGCAAAUUUUUAUUUUUGGGUGAACUACUCCUUUAAAAAAGAAAAUAGUGGUGUCAUAGCGGUGGCAGGUUUUGCACAUGCAAACAACAGUUUUCUCAAGAAAAUGUAGUAAUUGUUGCGGUUUGUUGCAACAUUUUUAAAACAGAACAGAAACAAUAUUUAAAUGAAGCUCAAAGCACUCCCGCUGUAUUUCAAUUGAUAAUUCUCUUUUUCCUUUACACUAUAUCUGCAGGGAAACAUCUAUUUUCUUUUAUUGUCAUGAUGAAUAUUAUUAAUCAUGUCUACGCGCAGAUAUAUUCCAAGGAACCUGCAGUGUGUUAAUCCUGCUCACUUUUGACUUUUUUGUUCACAAAGAAAAUUCUGAUUUGAUGCAAUUUAGGUUUUUAUUUUCAGUGGCAUCUAUAAUCAAUACUGUUGAGUCGACCUGAAUCCUUUGCAUUUGGUAACUAACUUCCUGUCUAGAAAGCCACUUCCUUGUAACUUUAUAAAAAUAACCCUCACCACAAAUUUUACUUCCUUUUCAUAUCUAAAAAAAGAAAAUCCCCUUCGUCGCAGCUGAGCUCCUGUAAUUUUAUCUGAUUUUUAAAUAACUUUUUAUAUUUAUUUCUAUAAAGAAAACAGGGUUACAGUUUCUCUUUUCAACUGGAAAGGUGACAACUGCUUGUAAAGUCAAUUUGAAUUUGUGCAUCUGAUCUCUCAUUAUAAAUUAAACGUUGUUAGCAUUUCUCAUUAGCCUGUAAAGAAAAUAGAAAGUCCACAUGUAAUUCUUUUUGUGUAGUAGCAUUCUAUAAUAUUAAAUGUAUAUAACUGUAUGUAUGGGAAACAGCUCACUCCAUGUUUAACUGUUGUUGUGCUAAACAACAUCUAUGUGAAAACUAGAUUAAACUGCUUGUAAUUUUAGAUUCAACUUUUUUCUUUCACAGAGAACAAGGUUUUCCAUGUCUUUAAAUGCCCAGCAAAUCCAUUUAAUAAUAAAGUCAAAUAAUAUUUUAACAAACACUAAAGAAUUGUAAUACUAGGAAUGAUAACGAUAACUAUAUUAGCAGUAUUAGCUGCAGCUUUGCCGCUUUAAAUACUGUAACGUUUUAAAGCAGGAUUCUGAUUGGCUGUCAAUGUUUUAUCGUUAACUAGCUGGGAAAAAACCUUCUGAAAGUGAUACCAAUAUGUGUUCUUCUUUUAAAUUGAGAAUGAUUAUAUUGUUAUCAUUACAUUUAUAGUGACCAAUAAUUAUCAUUAUAAUGAAUGCUGUGAAUGGGCCUUAAUAAACAUAAGUUUCAGAAUA